AUAAAAAAAUAAGAAAAUAAAAAAAUAAGAAAAUAAGAAAAUAAAAAACAAAAAUUAAAUAAAAUUCAAACUGAAGUUUGAAGAAAAACCAACAAAACGGCUAUUACCCUAAACCUAAGACUCUUUUGUUCUUUCUUAGAAUUUCGUGAGGCCUUAAAACGCCACUUUCCCAUCACAAUGCAAAUAAAUCGCAUCAAAUUGCUUGCCAUAUCGGGUGCGGUUUUUGUUUUUGCCAUCAUGAAUGGUUGGCUUAUAUUUCCGAAAAUUUUAAGAGCCAUUCUCAAGAAACAAGUGAAUUUAAAACCCGGCUCUGAUAUACGAGAAUUAUGGGAGAACACCCCAUUUCCUUUGCAUUUCUAUUUUUAUAUCUUCAACAUAACAAAUCCGGAGGAAUUUUUGAAGGGCGAAAUACCGACGGUCAAUGAAAUUGGACCUUUUGUGUUUGAUGAAUGGAAAUCUAAAUACGAUUUAGUUGAUGAUGAUGAAGAGGAUACAGUUUCGUAUAAUAUGCGCAAUGUCUUCAUCUUUAAUGCCGAGGCCUCCAAGCCCUUGACAGGAGAAGAAGUUGUUACAGUAUUGCAUCCCCUUAUAGCGCCUAUUGGCAUUGUGGUUAGCCGUGAAAAAGCUGCCAUGUUGGAUCUAGUUUCAGAGGCUCUUGCAUUAAUUUUCCAAGGUCAUAAGGGCACUUUUACUGGAAAAUUUAUGGAUAUAUUUUUCCGUGGCAUAAGUGUGGAUUGCUCCAAUAAUGAGUUUGCAGUCAAGGCUUUGUGUACCGCCUUUUACACGGGUGAGGUUAAACAGGCCAUACAAGUUAAUGAUACACAUUUUCUAUUUUCUUUUAUGGGAAAGGCCAACAAUUCGGAUGCUGGUCGUUUUACUGCCUGUCGUGGAGUUAAAAACGUUCAUAAAAUGGGUCAAAUUUUGAUGUUUGCUGAUGAGCCUGAAUUGGAUAUAUGGCCGGGAGAUGAAUGCAAUCAGUUCAAGGGAACCGACUCCACUGUAUUUCCACCCUUCCUAAGCAAGGAAGAGGGUAUAUGGGCCUUUACCCCAGACCUAUGUCGUUCAUUAGGGGCACACUAUGUGCGUAAAAGUUCCUAUGGUGGUUUGCCGGCCAGCUAUUUUUCUUUAGAUAUAGGCGACAUAAGGGGUACCCCUGAGUUACAUUGCUUCUGUGAAGAUCCUGAAGAUUUGGAUACUUGCCCUCCCAAUGGCACCAUGAGCUUACAUUUGUGUGUGGGAGCUCCUAUUUUGGCCUCUAUGCCGCAUUUCUACAAUGCUGAUCCCAAAUUGCUGGAGGGUGUUCAUGGUCUUAAUCCCAACGAAAAGGAUCAUGCGGUCUAUAUAGAUUUUGAAUUGAUAUCGGGCACACCUUUAAGAGCUGGCAAACGUUUGCAGUUUAGCAUGGAAAUUGAACCUGUACCAAAAAUUGAGCCAAUUGCCCAUUUACCCAAGACAGUGUUGCCUAUGUUUUGGGUGGAAGAGGGAGCUGCUUUGAAUAAGACCUAUGUGAAUAUGUUGAAGUACACAUUGUUUUUGGGCCUUCGAUUCAAUGUAGCCCUACGUUGGAUUUUGAUUACCCUCUCAACGGUAGGCUUUUUCGCCUCUGGAUAUUUGUUUAUGGUGCGCCAGGAAAGCUUCAACCUUAAGAUGCCCCCCAAAUUUGCUGAUAACAAAGUAAUGACCGUUAAAUCACCCCCCGUUGAAAAGGAGGACUCGGGCGAUAUGACAAAACAGAAGCCACCUUCACCGGAUCUAUCACAGACGGAUCUAUCGAAUCCCAAAGUGGAAAAAUAUUAAAUAGAAAAAUUUGCUAAGAUGACAAAAAUUAAAAAAAAAUAUAUAUAUAAAUGAAUAAGACAAUUGUUUAAUGCUUAUAUGAUAUGACAUAGUCAAAUGACAAAGAAAGAGAGCUUAUUUAAGUACAAAAUAAAAAAGGUGAAAAUUCUAUAAAAAAAACAAUUUUUGCUAGGGCAUGAGACGAUAAAAACCAAUGUAAGAAUUACAAAAUUAAAAUGAUUGAAUUAUUGAAGUUUUCUUGUUAAGGAAAAACCAAAAAGUUUUCCUAGGUUUAUGUAGUACCAUACAUAAAAAAAAAUUACACAAUAAGCAAAAAACUUUAAAACACCGAAUAGAUUUCAACAUGGUAUACACGUUAACAAAACCACUAUUUUACUUAAAAGAAAAAAUUAAAUUAAUCAAAAUAAAAAAUAAGCAAGUAGAAAAAUAAUUGUGUUAAAGUAGAGUAUACAUAUAAAUAAACUACUUUUAAAAAAUAAACAGCAUAAGGUAUUAAAAUCACAAUCUAUUAUCUCAAAUGACAAAAUUUUUUUUAAAACAAAAUUAAAUAUUAUAAAUACCAAAUUUCUCACAAAUUCUUUUCAAGACAAAAUGUUACUAAAAUUUUACCUAAAUUUUAGUAUAAUUUUACCUACAUUUUACAAAAUGUUACCUAAUUGUAGAGAAAUUUUGCUUAAAUUGUAGUAAAAAUUUACCAAUUUUAGUACUAUUUUACCUAAUUUUAGAAAAAUUUACCUAAAUUUUAGUAUAAUUUCCAUACACUGUUCUUAACAACAAAUUUAAAUAAAAAUUUUCCCAAAAAAUAGAGUAACCCUAAACUUUAAGGGUUAAAGGUUAAGAGUUAACCCCAAAUGUUCUUUAGGGUUAAAAAUUUCUUUAUUUGUUGAGGGUAUAGUUGACCUUUUUAUUUUCUUAUAUGACUAGUCGGAAAUAAAUAAUUGGAAAUAAAUUAAACCAAACCA